AUGAGUUUGGAAAGCAGGCUGGAUGAUUUACUCAAGUGUUUGAAUACAUCUAAUUUUACUACUAUUACUACUGAUAUUAAGGGGAAAGUAAGAAAGAAUAAAGUUCCACCGUUAGUUAUUGACCCAACUACAAAGAUACUUAUUAGAAAAUGUGCAUAUAAGACAAUCAAUGUCAACAAUAAUAAGUUUCUUAAGAAAAGUCAGCAAUCUCAUCUGCGUUUGUUUGAAAACCUAAUUGAUAAUCUAGUGAUCAAAUAUCCUAAUUUCCAAUUAUUUAAUCUUGAUAGUUUAAUCCAAAGACUGUAUUCUAUUUUAAAUUUGACAUCUAAACAUUUGUUAAAUUGGGAUAGAACAGUUUUAACUCCCAUUACAUUAUCUUCUAAUGGUUGGAAUUGUAAAACCAAUAAUGAUACAAUUCAAAAUGAUUCAUUAAUCUGUAGUUGUGAAAGUUGUGACUCCAAAUUCUUAUUAGAUUUCCUAAGAAAUGGAACAGCAAAAGAAACAUCUUUGAAAGAAAUAAUGAAUACUCAUUUUAUUGAUUGCCCCUGGCGGUUUAGUAAGAUUGAUUUACAAAAAGUUUAUUACAUUAAUAAUUCUAAUCUGAUAGAAGAUAUAAAUAGAAUAGAUUUUCAAUUACAAAAAUUUAAGGAAAAAGAAAUACCUUUGGAUGUUUAUGAUCAUCAAUAUCUAAAAGUUCCUCAAGUUUUGCAUGAUUUUUUCAAAUGCAGAAACUCAAAUGAAUUAUUAUUACUUUUCUAUCUUUUAAAAGGUUUCAACUUGAAUAUUUCAAAAUCGUUAUCAUCGAUUAAUUUACAUUGUAAGAUGUGUAAUCAUCAAAUAGGAAUUCGAAAAUUCAUGGAUGAUGUAAAUGUUAAUUACCAUUUGAGUUGGUGUAGAUAUUCAAAUCCAAACCAAUUAUGUGAUUCUUUAGAAACUUUAAUUAAUGAUUCAAAAGAAAAUUUAAAGAACAUAAAGGUAGAUAUUGAAUCAAAUGAAGAUAUGGUCUUAAAGAAUAAUACUGCUAUAAAUGCUCAAAGAGAUCAGUCAAAUGAUCAUGAUGAGAUAUUGCAAGAUAGAAUGAAUAAAUUAUCACAAUAUUUGCAAAAUAUUUAA